GAUUUAAAUGGCCAGCUGGUGAAAAAAUAGUGUGGGGGCAAUUAGAAGCAAGACCGGAGCGCAGAGCAGGACUAAAACUGUCGGUGCAACUUCACGCACGGGGCGGAUCGUCACACGUUUUUUGGACUGAAUAGACUGCUUCCUUUUUUUAUUUCUUUUUGCAAUGAAAACGUUUUGUCAAAACUGGCUGCCACAUAAUGCUGAAAGGUCGUUUUAGGACUUUUGCUCUGACCUGAGUUCGCCUAUGUGGCCUUAUUUAUUGAUAAACUCAAUUCACUUGAUCAGGUUACACGCGGCAGCACAGCUACGUGACUGCACUCAUUCUCAGCAUUAAACCAACCCGGAGUGGAUGAGUAGGAAAUUCCCCAGUCAGCAUUUUCCCCCCUCUUUUUCUGAGUAGUGUGGCACUUUAGUUGGAUUGUUUCAUUGUCUGCACUGGGAAAGAUCAUCCCCUCUCCACUCGCAGACAUCGCGAAAUGAAACUCGGUCUCGUCAUCCAGACUGCGGUGACGCUUUAUCUGCUGCUCUCACCUGCACAGAGUCUUCCCCAGCCUAUCAUACAGAAUACUACUGAAGUGCUGAUGUUCCAAGAAGUGUGGGGUCGCAGCUUCUGCCGGACCAUUGAAAAGCUGGUGGAGGUGGUGCAAGAGUACCCUACAGAGGUGGAGCACAUCUACAGCCCCGCCUGUGUGCCGCUUGUGAGGUGUGCAGGUUGCUGCGGGGAUGAAAACCUGGAGUGCCAUCCCACCCUCACCACAAACGUCACUAUGCAGCUGUUGAAAAUCAGGCCGUCAGAGCCGGGUCAAGAAUAUGUUGAGAUGACGUUUGUGGAGCAUCAGACAUGUGAAUGUAGAGUCAAGAAACCUGUUGUGACAAUUGAAAGGAAAAGGCAAAGAGGACGAGGAAGGAAGAGAAAAGAGAGAAAAAAAACAAAAGACUGUGACAGGUGCCAGAACCCUCGCAGAUAACUGCAGUGGCCACCCAACCCCAUUUGCAGUGUGGCUCACUGUUUAUUUCUAACUCAGUGACAACAUCCAGAGUCUCCCUCGUUUAUCUAUCAAUACUGUCUGAACCCAGAGACUCUAACAGCUGGGUUGUUUUGCUGACAAGCCAUCCUGACAAUGGCAAGAGUUUUUUUAAUGACAAGCUUCAGUCGGAAGUGUCUUAUGAUUGGGGAAACACUGCUGUCACACAACGGACACAAUGGACAUCCCUGGGAGCCAGUGCAAUGUAGAACCAAACAGACAAUAUUUUAUUUUAAACUAGUUAUUACUGUUAUUGUAAUUUGGUCUUUUUUGGGGGGGUAUUUGAAGUUGGUAACAUUUGUUUAAAUUCUAUAUUUAUUGAUACAGCUGAAUAUAAUUUGACUAUCAACAAUCUUUGGUUCAAACAUUAUCCAUGACGCCUUGACUUGUCAUAGCAGCAUAUUAUGUUGGACUGUGAAGCUGCUUUGUACAGGAGAUAAUGAAAUGUCUCCCUCUAGUGUUAAUUGAAAACUGAAAGGUUAUUUCUUUCUGUCAAUUUUUCUAACAAAAUUGGAUUGGCUAGAUCUUACCUAUCAUGAAUGGAGAUAACUUUACUGCUGCCCCUAAAACUUAUCUUGAAUUGUAAGUGUUUUACAGUCAAUUCGGAAAAACAAUAUUUAUCAAAAUAAUCUCAAAUCUGAAACCUGCCCACAAAAGAUUGUGGAUUAAUGGUUGGCUUGCAUUUACGCGGACGGUUGGGGGGGGGCGCUGUUCAAUUAAAAUAUGUCAUUUAUUUUGGACUACUAUUAUGGCCGCAUCUGUGAACAAAAAUGUGGAAAGGCUAGAGCAUAUUAUAUAUAAACAGGAUGGGGGCCAAAAUCAAAAUAUUUUGAUGCUCUCCACAUUGGCUUUACAUAAAUUUGGCAUGGUGGUGCCCAAAAAGGCUUUGGUGCUGCACCCAGGCCAAAUACUUACUGCAGUAAGGAAGAGAUCAAUUGAAGUAUGUAAAACAAUGCCCUUUGUAUUUUUUGUUUAUGUACUUGCUACACAAAGAAAGUCUAUAUGAAAAUGUACAAAGUAACAUUUCUACUGUGUGAGUAUUUUUAUCUCAUUGAAAUAUUUAUUUUGUAAUUAAAUUGUUAUGAUUGUG